AAUGCAGGGCUUUUUCAGCAACUGGGAUGGGUUUAAAGAGCAGCCUCACAAUGGUUGCUUUGUGCUGGGCUCAGCUACUUAGGGAAGGCAGAGAGGCUCUCGGGGGCUGCUAGAAACUCCAAGACAACAACACUCCAGAUGCUGUCUUCAUUUUGGGAAUUUCUGAGAUUUACAAAAUGUGAACCCAAAGUCAAGUUGAACUGGGAGAUCGUACCAAACUCUUCUCAGCUGAAAUGAAACUGAAUUUAAGUCGGAUUUGGAGAAAAACAAGAACAAAGUCUAAAGAUAUGCAUUACAGUGAGAGGUAAAUGGGUUCAGGCUGCACUCACAAUGCAAAAAUGUAAAUAGUGUAUAUUUCAGAAGGCGCUGUUUAUUUAUACUCAUGCUAUCACUGCCAUCUACAGAUCAGCACUGAAAGUUCAGAUAGGGGUGUUUCUCAGUCAGCCCUCACUGGGGAGCAUCUCUGAACAUUUUCUUCCCUUAGACACCAGGCAAUGAAAAUGCCAGUCUGCGCCGAGUGCAGCUGUAAGCAACAGAGCUUUCCUCAAUAGCACGGCCGGAAAAGAAAGCAAGAAAAUACAUAACAAUCUUAAGAUAUCUGUGAAAAUAUUCCUCGUGAUUGGAAGGCAACAUAAUAGGCACCGUGGAAGUGUGUAAUUUAAAAACUGCUCUAUUAGCAUUAACAAUAUUUUGUGCAGUACUCCGCAGUAGUAGAACACCUUGGUUUCUUUGAGAAACAUGUAAUUACUUUAACUACAAAGCCAUAAAAAAUGUUGGAGAAUAUAAUUUAUUUUCCUGGGCAACAGGCAGCCAAACAUGUCAUUAAGUGAAACCAAGGUCAGAAUGCAUGGCACGUGGCUGUGGGAGGGCUGGCAGGUGGCUGGGAGCAGGUAGAUAAAGCAUCUACUGCUAAUGACUUACCUUUAGCAGAGCAGAGUAGCAACACCAUGGACAUCAGCUCGGCAAUUUUAAUAAUUGGCUUCGCUGCGCUUGUUGCAGCCUUCCUCCUUCUGGUAAUUGGACUUGUGUACUCUGAGCUGAUGAAUUCAGAAAUUCCUCGUGGGGUUGCAAAUGGUGGGAAACUGCACGUGGUUCAUGGCUUGUUUGUUGGCAUAGCAAUCGUGGGCCGGAUCCUACAUCGUCUGGGUAUCUGUCAUCAGGUCAGCUUCAUCCGAUGGUUUGUGGCCCGCUUUCUGACCCGCUUAAAUCCAGUUCCUGCAGGCCUGCGAGUGAAGGACCUGGAGUUUUCUGAGGUGCCAGUGCGAGUCUAUGAGCCCACCACGGUGUGUGACGGCUUGAGAAGAGGACUUGUUUAUUUCCAUGGAGGAGGAUGGGUGUUGGGCGGUUUAGAUUCUGUUGAUGAAGUCUGUCGGCACGUCGCCAAGGAGUCGGACACCACUGUGGUUUCUGUUGGGUACCGAUUAGCCCCCGAGCACAGGUACCCUGCCCAGCUGGACGAUUGUGAGACAGCGACGUGUCACUUCCUGUCUGUGGCUGAGGCAGAGUUCAGCGUGGACUCUCGCAGAGUGGCAGUCGGAGGAGACAGCACUGGGGCUAACCUGGCAGCAGCACUGUGCCAAAGGCUGGCGAGGAGAGAGGAUGGACAUCUGCCGUCCCCGUGCUCUCAGGUCCUCAUCUACCCGGCCCUGCAGAUGGCAGAUUUCAACCUACCCUCAUACCAGCAAAAUCACGCUGUGCCCAUAUUGUUUCGUGGCCGGAUGGCGUUCUACUUCCUACAGUACCUCAAUGGGGACAUGUCUGUGUGCCAAGAUGUGUUGGAAGGCAACCAUGUCCCCACCGAGCUCAGGCCACGUUAUAAGAAGUGGCUCUCCCCUUCCAAUCUACCUCCUGAGUGCCUCACACGGGGUAUCUGUGAGCACCCAGCCCCAGAAUACGAUGGAGAGGUGUAUCACGCGAUCAAAGCUGGCUUAGAACCCGAGGUGUCACCGUUACUGGCUGACGACGCCGUCAUUCAGAAAACCCCACCCACCUUCCUUCUCACCUGUGAGUAUGAUGUCCUGAGGGAUGAUGGGAUUCUUUACAGAAAGCGGCUGCUGGACUUGGAACGGGAUGUCGCAUGGCAACAUGUAAUGGAGGGAUUUCAUGGCAUGAUCAACUUUUUUAACCAGGGGUGGCUCACCUUUCCCUCUGCAGCGCAGGUUGUGGACAGUGUUGUUGACUAUAUGAAAACGCUCUAAGGCUCACGAGUAGGAUCAUACAAU